AGAAAAAAAAAACCAACAUGUAUACCCAGUACUUCUUCAACUUCAUAGUACUUUUAAUCGUCUUCAUCAAUCUAUUUUCAAUCCCAACCACGGUAACUUCCGACCCACGUGCUACCGCUGCCAGCAAUGUCAUCUGCGGCUCCGGCAAACCAACCACCACAUCAUAUAAAUCAACUUUUGUUCAAGCCAUGGAACAGCUUUCAAGCAAUCUCAACAACUCAAACAGCAACUUUGCAACGAUAAACAUAACCAACAUCCCAUCAUCCGACAACACUACAACUUUUAGUUUCUAUGCAUUAUUUCAUUGUCAUGAAGAUCUUUCUCGUACUGACUGUCUUGUUUGUUAUGCUGUCAGCCGUACAGCCAUACCCGCAUGUUUACCUCGUACUUCUGGAAGGAUCUUCUUAGAUGGUUGUUAUGUACGGUACGAUAAUCGUAGUUUUUUUCAAGAAGCUGUUGAUCCAGAUACUGAUACCAAGAAUUGUAGUUCGAAUCUGAGAAGUGAUGAUUGGAGGGAUUUUAGAGGGGGGUUUUCAGAAUUUAAUCAAAGUGUGCGGGGGUUAGUUGAAAAUAUAACAAAUGUAGCUUUGAAUAAUAGCGGGUUUAGUGCUAUGAAGUAUGGUGGUGUGUAUGGAUUGGCUCAAUGUUGGAAAAGUUUAAGGAAUGAUGGAUGUAGGAAUUGUUUGGAAAAAGCUAAAAACGAAGUCAAAACAUGUAUGCCAAGUAGAGAUGGAAGGGCUAUGAAUGCUGGUUGUUUUUUGAGAUAUUCCACUCAAAAGUUUUAUCAUACUCAUGAUGAACAAGGAAACGGGAGUAAUUCAGGUAUUUCACUCUUUACAAGAGUGAACAUUUAUUUACGAACGUUAUUAUUUUAUCAUUAUUAAUCUUAUUUAAUAUCACUUAUUCACUUGUCUUUUGAUUUGGUCACUAGCUAGCUAGAUGAAAU